GGUGCUGAGGCCCAAGAUUUGGGGUUGGAGAGGACUUUCAGACCAUCAAGAGCCAUUCUGCCUGUUUUCAGCUGUGGAAACUGAGGCUCCAGGUCACCCAGGUAGCAAAAAAAACCCCAACCCCAGGGCUUUGCUCAGCAAGACCGGGUCAUGGGGUAAGAGUAAGAGGCCCCCAGCCUCUGUCCCCUUGUGCUCCGUUCCAUCCAGGCAACCUGGUGACUAUGCAGAAGCGGCCACUGGACAUGGUGGAGGUCAGCAACUGUGCCCGCUUCUGGCCCAUUGAGAGCUCCAUGACCUUCUGUGUGGAGGCCAAGAAGGUGACGGGCCAGAGCAGCUGCAAGGGAGACCUGGGAGCCCCGCUGAUGUGCCGCUCAAAGCCACACCCAGAGGACACCCCUUGGAUCCAGAUGGGGGUCCUCACCGCUUUUGACGAGACCUGCACUCGGCCCUAUGUCUUCAGCCGCAUCCACCCCUUCAGCCUUUGGCUCAGGGCCUCCACGAAAUCUCAGCACCCCCCCUGGGUCCGGACUGCCCCCAGGCCCACCCUGUCUUCCCUGCUCCAACCUGAAGCCCUGGUGAAUCGGAUUUCUCUGCGCUUUGCCAUGCCCUGGCAAGCACUGAUCGUGACCUGUGACAGCAGACUUUGUGGCGGAUCCAUCCUCAGCCCUUCUUGGAUCCUCACCUCAGCCCACUGUAUCCGGCACAUGAGGACAGAGAAUAUGGCGGUAUUUCUGGGGCUGCCACAGCCCGGUGGCAACAUGACCGUCGCCCGCGUCUCCAGCGUGGUCCUGCAUGAGCGCUACCAGUUUGUGGAUGGGGUCCCCUGGAAUGACCUGGCCCUCCUCCUCCUGCAGAAGCCCCUGGGUUCCAGCCAGCUAUUGGCCCCCAUCAGCCACGUGGAUGAUGUGAACAAAGCUGAGUGCUGGGUCACAGGGCCCCGAGAACUCCGAGAGGGUGAAACAGACCAGAGCCCACAAGCCCUGCACGUUCAGGUGAAGGAUGCUCGGUCCUGUGCCCGCCACCUCCCUGGCAGCAUCAGGAACUCGGUGCUAUGCCUGGCUCCCUGGGGGCCAGAAUACCAAGUGGCUUUGGAUCUCAUGGGUCCAGGCAGUGCCCUGUUGUGCCACUCACGGGGUAAGAAUGGAACCUGGAGGCAGACUGGGCUCACCAGCAUCAGAUCUCUUACCUUCCUCCUGGCUCCUUACUUCCCAUGGAUCUCCAAGACUACUUCUGCCCAGGCCGACCACAUCUGGCUCAAUCAGUCAGUGGGCAAGCCCGUGUCUGCCACGUCUGCAGCAGUGGCAGAGCCCAGGGGCCUUCUGGGCCUCACCUUACUCUUGACCCUAUGGCUGCAGUUCCUGAGAGCAUAGGACCGUUUCCCCACACCGACUACUGCACCCAUCCAGCCGUACCCCUGCAGCCUCACCCUGGUCCAAGCCUCCAUGGGGUUCAGCCUCUCUACAGCCCAAGGGGAGAAGACCAUUCCCCUGUCCUCCCUUAUCUUCUCCUUCCAAUAUCUAUGAGAGGCUCCUUCUACCAAGAGAGCAAGAUCAAGGCUGUACCAGAGACAUACCAGGAGGGAACCCCGAGUGUAUUUUGAUGACCCCCUUUCCCCUACCAAAAAUAAAGCCACACCCUCUGUGAAAC